AUGGUAACAUUAAUCUUUCUGUUAACAGGCAUUCUUCAUAAUUGUUGUGACGCCUACAACGUUGGGCUUCUUGGAGCAAAAAUAUUUUCUGGUCCAUCAAGAGAGCAGUUUGGAUAUGCAGUGCAACAGUUUUUAAAUGAACAAGGCAAAUGGUUGUUGGUUGGUUCACCCUGGAGUGGCUAUCCAGCUAAUAGAACUGGAGAUAUCUAUGCAUGUCCUGUUGGUUCAUCCAAAACCACAUGCAAAAAAUUGAAUUUACAGGCUUUAACAACCAUUCCAAAUGUGACUGAGAUAAAGGAAGAAAUGAACCUUGGCUUGACUCUGAUACAAAACUCAAAAACAGGAGGAUUUCUGACUUGCGGUCCCUUGUGGGCACAGCAGUGUGGAAGCCAAUACUAUGCAACAGGAGUCUGUUCUGAAAUCAGUCCAAGUUUCCAGAUCCUAAGAAGCUUUUCUCCUGCUGUUCAAAAGUGUUCCUCUGUCAUAGAUGUUGUGGUGGUCUGUGAUGAGUCAAACAGCAUUUAUCCCUGGGACGCAGUGCGUGCAUUUUUGAAAAAGUUUGUUCAGGGCUUAGAUAUAGGCCCUACCAAAACCCAGGUGGGUUUAAUUCAAUACGGUAAUGAUCCCCGCAUAGUGUUCAACUUGAACGCGUAUAAAACAAAGGAUGCGGUUGUUAAAGCAAUGGAGGGAACCUCUCAGAAGGGAGGAGAUUUGACCAACACUUUCAAAGCCAUUGACUACGCGAGACGUUAUGCCUUCUCUCCUGAAUCGGGGGGACGCCCAACAGCCACAAAAGUAAUGGUCGUUGUGACAGAUGGUGAAUCACAUGAUGGCUCCAACUUACAAACAGUGAUAAGUAAAUGCAAUGAAGACAAUAUAACCAGAUUUGGCAUUGCUGUUCUGGGAUACUUAAUCAGACAUGAACUUGAUACUAAAAACUUAAUUAAAGAAAUCAAAGGAAUUGCUAGUCAUCCAACAGACAAGUAUUUCUUUAACGUGUCAUCUGAGGCUGCUCUACUAGAAGAAGCAGGAACACUUGGCGAGCGCAUUUUUAGCAUAGAAGGUACAGAUCAAGGUGAUACAUUCCAAAUGGAAAUGUCACAAGUGGGCUUCAGUGCAUAUUACUCACAGAAAAAGGAUGUUCUGCUGUUGGGCGCUGUUGGGGCUUAUGACUGGAGUGGAACAGUCGUUCAGGAGGCUUCAAACAAAGUGACCACCUUCCCAAGUCAUGUGUUUGAGAAAAUUCUACAGGACAGAAAUCAUAGCUCCUAUCUAGGUUAUUCUGUUGCUGUUCUCUCAACUCAAAACUCUGUCUAUUUUGUUGCUGGUGCACCAAGAUCCAACUAUACCGGCAGAGUUGUGGUUUAUGAUGUUGACAGCCAUGGUAAUAUUACAAUUGUGCAGUCCCAGAGGGGCGAGCAGAUUGGCUCCUACUUUGGCAGUGUGGUGUGUUCAGUGGACAUUAACAGAGAUUCUGUUACAGAUGUGCUGCUUGUAGGUGCACCAAUGUUUAUGAAUGACCUGAAGAAAGAGGAAGGAAGAGUAUACAUGUUUUCCAUCACAAAGGGAAUUUUGGAUCAACAAGAACUCUUGGAAGGCCCACAAGGGUUAGAAAACACUCGCUUUGGAUCGGCGAUCGCAACACUUGCAGACAUUGAUUUAGAUGGCUUUAAUGAUGUUGUGAUAGGUGCACCACUGGAAAGCCAAAACUCUGGAGCAAUUUACAUUUACAAUGGGUAUCAAAAGACUAUACGUACCAAGUAUUCUCAGAAAAUUUUAGGAUUAGAUUCUGCUUUUGGACAACGGCUCCAAUUCUUUGGAAGAUCAGUAGAUGGCCAUAGAGACUUAGAUGACGAUGACAUUACUGACGUAUCAGUUGGUGCUGAUGGAAACGUGGUUCUACUUUGGUCACAAAGCAUUGCAAACGUGUCCAUAACUGCCUCAUUUAAACCUGAGAAAAUCAGUCUGCUGAACAAGAACACAGAAAUAACUGUCAAAAUAUGUUUUGAGGCUACAUUUAGACCUGCUAAGAGAAAUAAUCAAGUGGCUGUAAGAUACAAUGCAACACUGGAUGCUGAUCUCCAGUCCUCUAGAGUGACUUCUAGAGGAUUAUUCAAAGAAAAUAAUGAAAGGUACAUGCAGAGAGACCUUGUGGUACGUCUUGAGGAGAGCUGCGUUCAUGACAUCUUCAGUGUACAGGAACCUUCUGAUGCAGUGAAUUCACUCAAUUUGCGGAUUGACAUUGGCCUUGCAAAUCCUGGCUCUAGUCCUGUCCUUGAUAUAUAUUCUCCUGCAUCUGUGGCCUAUAGUAUUCCUUUCAUUAAAGACUGUGGUGAAGAUGAACUUUGUAUCUGUGAUCUUGUCCUUAAGGUUCAACAGAAGACAGAUGAUAGCAAACAGCAGUUUGUUGUCAGCAGCAAAAACAGAAGGCUGACAUUCAACGUGAAACUGAGAAAUAAAAAGGAAAAUGCAUAUAAUACCAGAAUCCAGGCUACAUUUUCGGACAACUUGUUUUUCGCUUCAUCUUCUUUACCAAGCGAUGGGACUGAAGUUUCUUGUCAGACUGGCACAGCUCAAACUACAGUCAUUUGCCAAAUCAGCUAUCCUGUUUUCAGAACAGGACAACAGGUAUCUUUUGAUAUUAGUUUUGAUUUUAACCUGAAAAAUCUUCAGAAUAUGGCAAGUCUAGGUUUUCGUGCAUUAAGUGAAAGUAAGGAGGAGCAAGACUUGGACAACGAGGUCAGUUUAUCAAUUCCUUUGCGGUAUGAUGCAGAAAUCCACUUCACAAGGCUUGCCAACAUCAACUUCUAUGAAGUGUACUCUGAUCAUAACAUUCCUUCCACUGUGAAUAAUUUUGGAGAAAUUGGCCCCACGUUCAACUUCUCAGUUAAGGUAACAACAGGAAGUAUUCCAGUAAAGAUGGCAACUGUGAAAAUCCGUCUUCCAGAAUGGACCAACAAAGACAAUCCAGUGAUGUAUGUAACAGCAGUUGGCACAGAUCAGGCCAGAGGUGUUACCUGUCAAGCUCAGAUAAAUCCACUGCAAAUAGGAAAAAGACCUUAUUCUGCAUCUUUCAAGAAAGAGAACUUCAGAGCAUCCAAAGAACUGAACUGUAAGAAUGCAAAGUGCAGUACCAUUACAUGCAAACUGGAAGACCUUAUGCUGAAGGGGGAGUAUUUCAUGAAUGUGUCCACCAGAAUCUGGAAUGGAACCUUUGCUGCUUCAACUUUCCAGACAUUACAACUUUCAGCAGAGGCAGAAAUUGAUACGCAUAACCCUAAGCUAUUUAUAAUUGGAGAGAAUGCCCUAACUAUCCCGGUUACAAUAAUGAAGCCUGAUGAGAAAGCUGAAAUACCAGUUGGUGUUGUGAUUGGCAGCAUAUUGGCUGGACUCUUUUUGCUGUUAGCAUUGGUUGCUGUUUUAUGGAAACUUGGCUUCUUCAAGAGACAGUACGAAAAAAUGACACAGGAUAUAGAAGAUAUUGAUGAAAUUACAGAACUCACAAAGGACAAGGACUGAAGAACUGGCAGGUCCGGAGUUUACAGUAACAUAUUGUGCCAGCAACCCUUCUCCUGAUCCACUGCAGAGCGAAACAGAGCAAUUUAUUUCAGAUUAUUGUGGGAAGCAUCAGUUCAUAAUUCAGUUGACAAGUACCAUAUGUGUAAAGGACAUUUUCUAUUAACUUGAUGAUGAAUGUGUGGUGAAUAGAGUUUCCAGCCUGGGAGAAGAAAAUUCAAUAUAUCAUUGACUAGCUCCAUCCUUAUUGUUUUAGAGAAAUGAUUUGCACUAGCAAACCUUUGUCUUAACUAAUCUAUAAACUAUAAAAUGGGAACUGUGUAUGAAGAUGUCUAUCCAUGUGUAAUAGGACAACCAGAUGAGCAUUUCGCUCCAGAAGACCACCAUAUUCCUUGCACUAAGGUCAUAAUUAAAUUACUGAAGUAUAUUGUUUUUGGAAAAUAUUGUCAAAUGAUAAAUGUAACUGCCUUCUGCAUACUGUCUUUCUGAGAAGAAAAUAUGAAUUUCACAACCACUUACAACAUAUUCUCUGCACUGUUAUGACUGUUUUUCAAACAUCAUCUAGAGAAGCACUAUCAGUACUGUUACAUGGAGCUUUAAACUAGCAGUCCCUCUGACAUCAGAUUGGCUUUUGGCAUAAAUAGGGAAGAGAGACAAGAUUUUGCCUUUAGUUUUGUACUGGAAGAUUUUUGCAAGUAUAAGUGCAUGAAGUGAACUACAGGGGAUGAUGACCGAAAAAGUAAGCUGCUGUUAGGCCAGAGGAGAGUGAAGAUCUAUGCUCUAUAAAUUGUGUACUGCAUUUCAGCAUUUCAGUGCUCUCCAGAACAAAGCUCAGUAUGACCUUCUUACCUGUUAUAUUGGGUCCCAUGUCUCCAUGUCUUUAAGAUGCAUACAUUUUAUACAGUAAAGUACUGUACUGCUCUGGAUGGAGCUCUGUUAACUGCACAACACUUGGGUGACUUUGUGUUGGUUACUAACGCCUCAGAUUCAUCACAUGCUAUUAUACUGCCUUUGUUGUAAUGUAAGCUCAGGCUCAGGAAGGCCCUUGCUCUUAAGACAGGUAACAGUCUUAACAGAAUUGGUCUUUUGUCUGCCUUUCACUCUCAUGGCUGGCAGUAAUAACCUGUUGUGAGAGAAGAUGUGUGUGUUGUCUUUAUGUAGGCUGAUCACACUGAAAAUUGAUUCUGACUCCAAGGAGAUUCACUUAUUUGAAUAUGCCUGAGUUAGAACCUCAAGCCUUGCCUUCCCAAAGGUAGUUCUUCAUCAUGCUUAGGCACCUUUAAAAUUAUUUUUGAAGGGCUUUUCAGAAAUGAGACUUGAGCAUGCUUAGAAGUUUUAUUCAAUCAUCUUCUUAAUCAGUAAUCAGUCAGGAGCCAACCACCUUUUUGGUAAACGAUGGCUUCAUUUACAGUGGCACCUGGACUGUGUUCAGUGUAAUCUUACGUGUGUUUUGGAUUUGUAUCUAUGAAAUGUUAUGUUUUAGUUUUUGAGGGUUUUUAAACAUUCUGAAAAAUGACCUGGAUUCUGAUCUUGUUUGUCUAACAAACAAGAUGGUUCGCAUCAGCUGAGUCUGUGGCCAAAACAAUUAUUUUAAAAAAUAAAGAAAUGUAGCAAUUGUGUAAAUUUCAAUAAUAAGCUCUUGAUUUGUAGUUAUCAACCCAGAUAAGUGGGUUUUAGAGCAAGUGCUCUAAAAGUAAAGAUAAAAAAAAAUUGCUUGCCUCAAUUCUUGCAUAAACUUGAGGAGGAAAAAAGCAAAACCCUACACCCAUAUGUGUGGGAAGUUCCUCUAUAACUAAGGUCAUACACUCCAGGCCAGAGAGGGAAUUUCACAGUGGAGCAAAUGGUAGCAUCUUUCAUUUCUGGUGCUGCUUGCAAGGAAAUGUAGAUAUUCAGCCAGAUUUUCCUCGUCUGCCUCAAGUGGCAGGUAUAAAUCUGUAUCCUACACCCAACUUUGGGGGAGAAUUUAAUAAUUUAUCAAGUAGACAGCAGUGAUUAAAUUCACUUGUCUUCGCUGGGUUUUAUUUUGUCCCAGACAAUAAAACUUUCCCUCUUGCCUGGAAACAAUACUGUUCUCAAAAUAAAGGGAAGGCACAGCACUGGGUAAGGUUUUGUAUCCAUCACCUAACCACUUAAGGUUAGUAGUUUUAUUUGUUCUUUAUGAUUAAUACUUAAAUGGCAAAUUCAGUUUUUGUAAUGGGUGAGUUUAUUGCACUUUCAAGUUGGCACAGCUGCAAAUAAUGCUGGAAAUAUGAUGUAUAUUUUGUAUUAUGUUCAAGGUUUGUUUUUUUUAGUUUUACUUUUUUUAAAACAGCAUGUUACAAAUGAAAUAAUAUUCUGAAAUGUCAGGCUUCAGCAUGUGCUUUUGUCUGUGCUUGCAGCAAGAGAAGUCAGGACUACCUUCAAGCUCAAGUUAUAAAUAGAUCUGAUUCUAGUCUUGAAUCUAGCUGCAGACUUCUUGAAGUACUAGAAUCAAGUCCUAACUCAGAGUUAGUUUCAUAUGAGACUAUGUAGAUUUGGGGUGUACAAAAGAGUUUAUAAUCAAACAGAGUUCUGAAAGCUAGUGUGUAAGCUCCACGGGAGCAGGGACUCUCUGUUUAGUGCCUGCCUGAGGGCCUAACAGCGUUACUAUAAUAAAAACGAGAAUACUGCUGAA